UGAUUCCAUCUUUCCCGCCUCAGAACAUUUUCCCGCUCGGAGCAAAACCCUAACCAGCAGAAAUGGGGACGAAGCAUCACUCCUCCUCCUCCGAUCCAAUCGACGACCCGAAGAAGCGCCGUCGUGUCGGUUUUGCUAAGCCUGAUGCUGGAAUUGAAGCUAACGAGUGCAUUACUAUAUACUUAGUUUCUAGGAAAGAGGAUGUGGACUCCCCAAACAGUUUCUGUCUUGAACCAGUUGACUUGAAUCACUUUUUUGAAGACGAUGGCAGAAUUUUUGGGUAUCAGGGUCUGAAGAUCACUAUUUGGGUUAGCUUGAUAUCCUUUCAUGCUUAUGCUGAUAUUUCCUUUGAGAGCUCAUCAGAUGGAGGCAGAGGUAUCACAGAUCUAAAGUCUGCUUUACAGAAUAUUUUUGCUGAGAGUCUCGUUGAUGAAAAAGAUGCCUUCCUGCAAACUUUUUCAACUGAAAGCCAUUAUGUUCGGUCUGUUGUCUCAAAUGCUGAAGCAUUGCAGCAUAAAGUUUCAAAUGGCUGUAGCUCUGAAUCUAAUUGUCUUUCAAAAUCAGAGCCUUUUGAUGCAGAGGUAUUCCGGAUUGUUGGCAUGCCUGUAGGACACCUUUAUAGCAGAUUGGUGCCACUUGUACUACUCUUAGUGGAUGGUAGCAAUCCUAUUGACAUCCUUGAUCCUAGAUGGGAGAUUUAUCUCCUAGUCCAGGAAAGGAAAGAUACCCAGGAAGAAAGCCUUUCUAGGCUACUUGGUUUUGCAGCUGUCUAUCGUUUCCACCGUUAUCCUGAAAGUACACGCUUGCGACUUGGGCAGAUACUAGUUUUGCCUCCUUACCAGCAUAAAGGUUAUGGUCGUUUUCUUCUUGAGGUGCUGAACAGGGUUGCAAUAUCGGAAAACGUAUAUGACCUGACAGUUGAAGAGCCAGAGGAUUCUCUUCAACAUGUUCGAUCCUGUAUUGAUUUGGAGCGUUUGCUUGUAUUUGACCCAAUCCAGCACGCCCUAGACUUGGUUGUAUCACGUUUAAAGCAGGAAAAUCCUUCCAAAAAAAGCUCACCUAGUAAGUAUGGUCCACCAUUGAGUGCUGUUGAAGAUGCGAGGAAAACUUUGAAAAUCAACAAGAAGCAGUUUGAGCAAUGUUGGGAGAUUCUUAUCUAUCUUCGCUUAAACCCAAUUGACAAAUAUAUGGAGACAUACAGGACAAUUGUUUUGCACCGAGUAAAGGCUGAAGUUGUUGGGAAAGAUUCAGAAGGCAACGGGAAGCAGGUGAUUGAUGUACCAACUGAAUAUGAUCAGGAAAUGUCAUUUGUGAUGUUCAAAUCGCAAAAUGGUGAAUCUAGCAGCAUAGAGAGGGCUGACAAUCAAAUUAAUGUGGAGGAGCAGCUACAGAAACUGGUGGAUGAACGAUUAAAUCAGAUCAAGUCGAUUGCAGAGAAAGUUUCUGUUCAUCGGCAAUGAAGUCCAAGGCAGCUGCUGCUAUUUCACAUCUGCAUAGUCCAAAGGCCGAUGAUGCAGCAGUUUUUGAUUUUACAAAGGUGUGGCUAUACAUGAAAUGAGCUGUACUUGCUUAGGUUAAAUUAGUCUAGUCUCCAAAUUAUGUAGACUUGUUUGCUUUAAGUGUGAGCCAUUUUGAUACAGGGCAGCUUUCUGCUCGCACUAUUUUUUACUGAUGGAUUUAUCUUGUACUCCCUCCGGUUCACAAUAAGUGUCCAAUUUGCUUUUA